CCCGGCUCGCCUUUGUCGCCCGCGGGGUCGGUGGGCCGGGAGCCGACGCGUGACUGACAGCCGGCGGGGGCUGCGGUCGGGGGCGGGCUGCCCGGCGCCCGCGGCUCAUUGGCUGGCGCAAGUGUGGGAAAGAACGCGGAGCCGGAUUCACACGCCCCGCGGCGGCGCUUCCUUAAAUAGCCAGGCGGCUGGCUGCGCGCGCUCGGUCCCGGAGCCUGGAACCCGCGGCAGAGGCUUCGGCCCCGGGCGGCGCGGGCGCGCACCAUGCCUGCCGACACCCCGGGGAAGCUGAGGGCCUCGCCGCGGGCGGGAGCGCCGGCCGGUGCCCGCCGGAUCCCGGACCAGCCCCGGAGCGCGGCCGAGCACCGGAAGUCCUCCAAGCCCGUCAUGGAGAAGCGGCGCCGAGCGCGCAUCAACGAGAGCCUCGCUCAGCUCCAGAGCCUCCUUCUGGACGCCCUCAGGAAAGAGAGCUCCCGCCGCUCGAAGCUGGAGAAGGCGGACAUCCUGGAGCUGACCGUGAAGCACCUGCAGAGCCUGCGGCGCGUGCAGGUGACAGCCGCCCUCCGCGCCGACCCGGCAGUCCUGGGCAAGUACCGCGCCGGCUUCCACGAGUGUCUGGCCGAGGUGAAUCGUUUCCUGGCCGGCUGCGAGGGCGUCCCGGCCGACGUGCGGUCCCGCCUGCUCGGCCACCUGGCGACCUGCCUGGCCCGGCUGGGGCCCUCGCGCCGCCCGCUUCCACCGGCCUCCGCCGCCGAAGUUCUGGCGCCCGCGGUCUACGCGGGCCGCCCGCCGCCGCCGGCCUUGGACGGCCCCCGCCCCUUGCCGCGCUCUGGGGCGGUCUUGGGGCCGCCCUUCCUGCCGGGCCGGACGGGGGCGCCCCUGGCCGCCCCCGGGGCCGCGGCUCAGGGCCGGGGCGCACCCUGGAGGCCGUGGCUGCGGUGAGGUCGCGGCCCCAGAGCGCGCUGAGACUGUGCCAGAAAAUAUUUAUUUCCAGAGACCGCGUCGGGAGCUUUGUUUUGUCGUCUUCCUGAAGGGUCCCGUCCGGCAGAGGCCCAGCAGCGGGUCGGCUGAUGUCUUCGCGCGAGCGGGCAGGGCGGGCCGCGGGGGUUCUGCUCCCACCUGGGCCCGCAGGUGCCCGGCGCGGAGGUUCGGCCGGCCUUGCGUUUGCCUGUAUCUAACUGCGCUGGAGCCGCGACCCGCCUUGAAGUCGAGGGGAGGGUGUGUGUGAGAGGUCCCUCGGGAGGCUCAGGUAGGACAGUGACAGUCAUCACUUUUCCCAGAAUGUCUCCCAGUGCUGGGAAGCAGUAGUGCAGCACCACUGGGCAUGUUCUUUCCCCACUCUCACUCUCGAGGACCCUGGAAGGUGGAGACAUGUAUUUUCACACUGUUGUCUUGGUGCUGAGCUGUGGUGAGGGCUGGACUGUCCCUGAAGCUUCGGUUCUGGCCUCUUCCACCUCCUGCCUUCUUGUGGCCGAGCACAAAGCUGCCUGUGCCCACCCAUGUGUCGAGCCUGCCCCAGGCCAGUGUCUGCCCAGGAGAGGGGUGCCAGCAGGAGAGGACAUCUGAGUCCCAGGGGCAGGGAACGGGGGCUAGCCUGACAAAGGGCACUUAGUGCUGGGGCUCUUCUCCUGCCAGAGUCCAGCCCUGCUGUGUGCCCCAUCCUGCCCUGAGAGGGGAGGUCCCCCUACAGUACGAAGGAACUGGCGUUGGUCCGGCCUACGCAUCCGUCCUGAGCACCGGCUGUGGGUUCACCCUACAAUACAGCGAUCCUAGGCGGCGUUGGGCAUCGCCCCCACCCCCGCCCCGCCCCGGGAGUCACUGUCCUGUGGUCCCAGGCCUCCGCAGGCUGCUGCUGGGGGCUGUGCUCCAGGUGCGGUGAGGGGGUGGUCCAAGGUGUGCAGCUGGGGCUUCAGUGUCUCACCCUGAGCCCUCCUGAGGUGGAGGCAAGAUCUGUUUCCCACCCCCAGCCAAGUUCAUCUGAUGGUUGCCGGCUGCCUGCCUGGCCAGCGACCGUCAUGGAGGAGGAGGGUGAAUCACUGUAGGGGCUGGCCUGCCCCUCCUCCAGUGGCCCCAUCAGCUCCCGUUUCCGUGUCGGGUGCAGGGUUCACCUGCCCUUCUGGGCUGAGCCGUGCACACCCGUCAGGGCCUGCCACGUCCCACCAAGCCAGUUCCUCCCCGACCUCUAGCUGCCUGGCCCAUCUCCCUGAGUGUCCAGGGCCCAGGCCAGUGGUCCUGGACAGUUGCAACCAUGCAGGCCAGGUGCUGCUCCCUCUGCACACGGGCCCUGGGGAGGCUGGGAGAGAGAGCCGGGUCACCAGCAGGACUGUGCGGGAGUUGCUGCUGACCAGCCUGGGAGGCCCUCCCAGCAGGAGAAUCGUAGAGGGUCCAUUUCAGAAGCCAGAAGUUCAGCUUGGUUGGGGGAGGGGAACUGCACAGGGAGGGCCUCGGUGCAGGA